CGAAGAAGAAGACACAUGUACUGUGUGUGGUAAAUAUGUAGAAACAAUGGAACACCUCAUACUAAAAUGUGAUGGUAUCAAUCCCGAUGUCGAUGCGGCCACAGUCACCCUUCCUGAGGCCCUAGGGUUCAGAGAUAAUGAUAGUCAUGUAAAUAAAUGUGCGGUGGAAAUUAGCAAAAGGCGAUUGGAGGAUUGGUGGCUCAAAAGCAGAGAGGUGACAUAAGGUUAAAAGGGUAGGAAGACGUAUUUAAAGAAAAUCGAGAAAUUCAAUAACACACAACACAGAUAAAAAUAAAAGGCAAAAUAAAAAUCUGAGCAUGGUGGCAACUGCCAUCGCCCCGUUUCAAAGGGGACGCUCCUACCUUCCAUCCAUCCAUCCAGCCCCCCUUGGCGGAGAUAGGGAUGUAGGUGGCGCCAUCUCUUGACAACCGACCGGGUCGUGGCUCGCGGACGCUCCUGUGGACGAGGCUUCAGCGACUUCGCUCGUAGCUAAGUACUCCUUUAUCUUUAUUAGCUAGUGUUUUGAAGUGUUUUCUUUUGCAUGGAGUAGGGGCGCAAAUAUUGAAUUUUUUGGUAGGAGUAGGAAACGUACCGGCUUUGUCUAGGUCUGGCGGCUCCCCCGUUAGGCCUAGGGGGUAGUUCUUUCAGCAAGCUCUUCGGAUUCUUACAUGGAGUAGGGAGUGAUAAUUCCUUGUUUUUGUUUGGGAUAGCGGUCGAGGUCGGGUUUGCGUGAGUGAUUUGGCGAACUUGCUCGUUGGGCCUAGGGACGUAGGCCUAGCGAUGAAAUCGAAAAACGUGAAGGCCGCGGGGGACGGGGAGCAAGUGCAGUGCGACGAGUGCCUGCGCUGGUGCUUCCUCGACGAGACUGAAUUCCAGAAUUUAGCAGAAGCGGUGGGGUCUAGCUUCACGUGCAGGUCGUGCGAGGGCGUCAGGGAAGCCGUCCAAAAACUGGAAGGGAAUUGGGCGGCUAAGUUCGACGAGCUUAAGGCAAACCUGAGGGAGGAGCAGGAGAAGCGGGUAGCACUGCAGGCGAAGGUUGAAAAUUUCGUCAAGGUGGAGGCGGCCCAGGCCGCGCAGUUGGUGAGGACUGUGGCCGAGCUUGGGGAGGCGAAAGAAAGGAGCGCCGAACUGCAAAGGCGGCUCGACGCUCUUGAGACUCGGGCAGCGGAUAAUGUCGGGUCAGGACACCAAAGCGAGGGCGAAGUGGGAGGCUGGGAGCCUAAGCAAGCGGUCGCCAGCUCGCCGCCGGUGAAUCGGCGUAGCUAUAGCGAAGCAGCGCAACACGCCCCGAGUGAGGCGACGCUGCAGCCACAGGAAGCCGGGAAGCAGGGAGAGGUAGGAGAGAGUGAAAGGGUGAUUAUCGCUGGCGACUCAAACAUGGCUGGGUGCUCAAAAGCAAUUGUGGAAAGGGUGAAAGGCGACAAAAGAGUGGCAGUAGGGACAUUUCCAGGGCAGACACUGGGUUCUGUCAUGGAGCGAGCAAAAGAAAAGCUCACGGAAAAUGCCCACGUGCGCAACCUUGUCGUAGUAGCAGGUGGGCUAAAUGACGUCCUGAACAGGAAAGGGCCAGGACUAGCCCAGCGCUUGGCGAAGGGGGUGGACGACUUGCGCGAGCUAUCCCCUCAGGUGCAGAUCGAGGUGUGCACGGUGCCGGAGGUGCCUGUGCGUGACAGUCACUUACAAAGAGCCGUAAUGGCUGUCAAUGAGGCAAUAUGGAAAAUGAGCCGAGAGAAAGGCUUCGAGGUUGUCGAAGUAAACAGGGAAGUGAGAAGUUGUGGUGGUUUUAAACGACAUGGGAUCCACUUCAAUUACAGGCUAGCACGAGAAGUGGGCUGGCGACUUGGGGGUCGCGCUGUUGCUUUUUUAGGGGGCCCGCGGGCGCUCAGGAGGUCAGAGUAGGUAGUAAUAAAGAAGGUCCCCUAGGGGAACAUCAGAAGAGCAUCGCCGUCGAUAAGAGAAAAAGGAGGAAAGCAAGAACAAGAGCUCGCCAUGCAAUAGGCUACAUAAACAUGCAGGGCGGCAGAAGAAAGGAAAAGUGGGCAGAGAUUGAGGAGCAGUUACAUAGAGAACAAAUAGGGGUAUAUGCGGUUACAGAAACGCACCUUAGAGACUCAGAAGAGCCGCCAGUUAUUGAGAAUUAUGUAUGGGAAGGGUGCAACAGAACUAAGUCGGAAAGAAAGGGAGGGGGAGUCGGAAUGCUCAUCCAUCAGGGAGCCAAUGGGAAAAGAGUAAAUUCACAAUGUCAAGAGCAUCUUUGGUUAUCAGGUACAAUGAGUGGGAAGGAAACUUGGCUUGGAGUUACGUAUUUGUGGACCGGAAUAAAUUGCACAGAGAAGAAUAAAGAGUUAGUGGAAUGCAUAAGCGCUGAUAUUAGGGGUUUCGGGAAUGGUGCUGAGAUAGUCCUAUUAGGUGACAUGAAUGCCCACAUACAGGAUUUAGAUGGCUAUACCGACAAUAACGGGAAGUCAAUGCUAGACCUUUGCGAGCAACAUAACCUCGUGAUCGUGAAUACAGGGCCUAAGUGUGAAGGACAGAUCACGUGGGAAGUGGGAAACCGGCAAUCGACCAUUGAUUACUGUCUGAUGACAGAAGGAAUUCAUGAUAAGUUGAGAGAAAUGGUCAUCGAUGAGGAAGGGUUUAGCAGCAUAGGGAGUGACCAUAAACGCAUCAUUUUGAAAAUGGGAUAUGUAGUUGGGAAAGAGAGCAACGAAAGCAAAAUGGCCAGUCCAAAUUUGAACGCUGAACAAAUAGCAAAUAUAGUCACUAGAGUGGAGGAAGAAAUUGGCAAGUCGCCAAGCAAGGGGUGGGAAUAUGGUGAGCUUCUAAGUGUAGUAACGACAUAAAUACGGAAAGAGAAACAACAUGUUCAUUGGAAAGGAAAAAAGAAACCGAAAAGCUGGUGGAACAAGCAGAUACGAGAAGCGAUCGCCGAACGACAGAAAGCAUCUCGAGAGCACAGGCAGGCAAAGAAGGCGCAGUUGCCACAGGAUGAAGUAACCAGUAAACGGGAAAUAUACCGGGAGAAAAAGUCUAUGGUUCAAAUACUGGUGCAAGCAAAAUUAAAAGGUGAAAGUGAAAGUUGGUUGUCAGAAAUACGUGAGAAAAAGAAGACCGCACCUAGAAUAUUUUGGAAUCACAUAAAAUUAUUAGGCAGGAAGUCAACAACAAUACAACAACAUAUCCUAGACGAAGAUGAAAACAGACUGGAAGGAGAAGCAGCAAUAAAUUACAUCCAAAAAGUAACAGCCGAAUCUUUCCAAGGCAAGGACGAGGUUGUAUUUGAAGAAAAAAAGAGCAUGAAAGAGACCCAAGGGGGAAAGGAGCUAGUGCUUACAAAUUUAAACUGGAAGAAAGCGGAAGAGAAAAUUCCUAAGCGCACAGCCACAGGGCUAGACGAGGUUCCCGUUAGGCUGAUAAAUGAACUGGGACCAAAAAGUAAGGAAGCUCUCGUGAAAGCAGUUGAAAAAACUUUAGAAGAUAGACGAAUACCAGACAGUUGGCGACAAAGUAGAAUGAAUUUAAUUUAUAAAGGUAAGGGGGAGAAAGACAGAAUUCACUCGUAUAGACCGUUGACCAUUACAUCGGUAAUAUACAGGCUAGCAAUGCAGGCAAUCAAAUUAAAGCUUCAAGCAUGGGCAGAAAAUAAUGGCAUUUUGGGAGAGCUUCAGAAUGGCUUUAGAAUAGGUAGGCGUUUGGAUGAUAACUUGUUUGUUCUUACUCAGUGUAUUGAAAUAUCAAAAGCAGAAAGCAGACCGUUGUAUGUGGCCUUUUUGGACAUUACAGGAGCAUACGACAACGUAGACCGCAGCAUUUUGUGGGAUAUUCUGGAAGGGGAAGGCUUAGGUAACGAUUGUAUACAGCUUUUCAAAGAGAUUUACCUAGAAAAUACUGUUUGCGUUGAAUGGGAAGGGAUGAGGAGCGCGGAGAAAGUUUAUAUCAACAAGGGACUGAGGCAGGGGUGCCCUUUAUCCCCGCUGCUGUUUAUGAUGUACAUGGUGAGGAUGGAGAGGGCGCUAGAAGGAAGUAAUAUCGGGUUUAAUCUCUCAUACAAACAGGCAGGUACAGUAAUAGAGCAGCAACUCCCAGGUUUAUUUUAUGCGGACGACAUUGUGUUGCUCGCAAACAAGCAAAGUGAUUUGCAAUCUGGCUAAUAUCUGUGGACAGGAAGGCAACAAUUUAGGUUUGAAAUUUAGUGUUAGAAAAUCAGGUGUUAUUGUAUUCAAUGAAAACAGUCAGUGGAGACAGUGGAGAUACAGGGCCAAGAAAUACCUCGGGUAACAUAAUAUAAAUACCUUGGUAUAUGGAUAAACGAAGGCAACGGAUAUAUGGAAACACAGGAAAAAACCAUAACAGUCAAGGGGAAGAGAAAUGCAGCCAUGGGGAUACAAUAGGUACGAGGUCCUCCGAGGUAUGUGGAAAGGGGUAAUGGUUCCAGGACUUACUUUUGGAAAUGCGGUUGUUUGCUUUAAAUCAGGGGUACAAUCAGGACUCGACGGGAACCAAAGGUCAGUGGGUCGCCUCGCAUUGGGCGCUCACGGGAAGACUACAAAUGAAGCUGUGCAAGGGGAUAUGGGCUGGACUAGUUUUGAAGUGAGGGAAGCUCGCAGUAAAAUUGAGUAUGAAGAACGGCUGAGGAAUAUGGAGGAAAGUAAAUGGGCUGGGAGAGUGUUCAGGUAUCUGUACAGGCAAAACAUUGAUUCACAGUGGAGGAAAAGAACUAGGAAGCUUACCAGCAAGUAUGCGGCCUGUGGGGUGGGCAACACAGCAACAAAGAAGGUCAAGCGGAAAGUCAGAGAGGCUGAAUUAAUCUCAUGGGUGGCGGCAAUGGAAAAGAAACCUGCCAUGAGUAACUACUUAAGGGGAAAAAAUGAAAUUAGGAAAGAAACCAUUUAUGAUAACUCAAAGGGAAGCUCAUUACUUUUCGAAGCGAGAUCGGGAUGCCUUAGAACACGCACCUAUAAAGCGAGAUAUAAGAAGGAAGAAGAAGCAUGUGCUUGCUGCGGUAAAGCUAGGGAAACGAUGGAGCAUAUUUUAUUAGAAUGUGAAGACGUCUACCCAGCGGUCGAUUUAGGCACCACUGGCCUCCUUGAAGCCCUUGGGUUCAGCGGGAGCAGUGGUAAAGCAAACAUGUCAUCAGUAAGAGGCGAUUGGAGGAUUGGUGGAAGAAAAGUAGGGAAACGACGAAGGACGGAGACGUACAAAAGCACAGUUCGCAAUAUGGUAUCAGAAAAUUUGGACGUGGUAGUUCAUAGUGUUUUUCUUUUUUUUUUCAUUGGUUAACCUAGGUAGGAUAUUAGGCAGCAUAGUAGCAAGAGCUUGGUGGCGCACGCCACCGCCCCGUUCCAAAGGGGACGCUCAUAACAUCCAUCCACCCGACCGCAACUCAAGGCGCGACAGCUACAAUGGGAGCUUGGAGCAAUCCAAAACCGCUGUUUUCACAGGUCCAAGCCUGGCAUUCAGCACGGCGCCAGCACAGCUGUUUGUCAGGGCCGGUAAUAGCCAUGAACAGCAUUGGAGGACCAAACAUUUGCAUGGUUUAGAUGAC